AUGGAUGAGUUCCAUGAAUUGCUUAGUCUUUAUUUUUAUUUUUUUUAUGAUUUAUUUUACCUUAAUCAAGUAGAUAAUACUUGGAGGAAACAAAGUCCAGCUAGAGGUUGACCUUUUAUUCCUUCAACAUUUUUGACGUUCGAACUUUAGAAAGAAGUUUUUUUUAAGAUCAUUGAAUGGAUAAAUCAGAGUCUGCUGACGGAACGAUAUCACUUCUCAAUAACAAACUUGAGGAAUGAGCGAAUAAUUCGAGCUUUGAGCCAUUCGAGUUGUUCUGAAGCAGCCAACAGACUCAGGCGUUUGUUAGGUACAUCUGCCCUGGGGGACUGAAGGAUUUUGACCUGUCCGGACCGACUGGCGUAUCUUAUCGCGUAUUAUUCCAUCGAUUAUCAAAAGGGCCGCGGCUGAUUCGUUCUUUGGUGUCGCCGCGGCAUACUAUGCCCAAGGUGGGCGGAGUCCAGAAGCCUCUUGGCCAUUCCGACGUCCCUCCGGCUUCAGCCUCGGUGCCGCUCCUUUCAUUGGGGACGACUGAAGACACCUCGACCGGGUGGAGCUCCCAUCGUCAGAAACUCCAUUCCUCAGCGGCUAAGGACCUUAGCCUAAGGUUUUUGAUUUAUCCCCUAAUCUGAGAAAGAUCUUUUGGAUAUGUUCUACGUUAUAUAACUUGGAAAAAAAGGCGUGGAAACGCGAACUUUUCAUUAUAUACUUCCUUUUCAUUAUAGCCAGUUUCUGUGUGGGUUUAUGAAAGUUUCCAGUUUUUUGUUGUUUGAGGAUUUUUCCGCUUUAAUUUUUACCCACAAUGUUACUCUGUACUUUGAUUAUUUUCCAAGUGACAUCACUUGAUGUUAUGUUUCUCUCACGCCCAAUCGCGUGUUUUGUAUCUUUAAAAAUCAUUCUUUUUCUUGAUGAAUUCAAACAGCCUCAUUUUCAGAUAUCUUCUGGUUGGAAGGAAAACGACUUUUGAAAUCACUGUGCAAUGGUUCUGCUAGGAGCAAUCGACCAGGGAACUUCGUCCAGCCGCUUCCUCGUCUUCGAGGCCGACACCGGCGAACUUGUCACCAGUCAUCAGGCAAUUUUUUCGAAUUGUUUCUUGUUCUUGGUCAACGCUGUGAUGACCUAUCUUCGAAAAUCAAAUCUUGAACUGAAUUCCACAAACCUUAUUAUAUUGAUUUCACUUGCUUUCCAGUAAGAUAUUCAUUUCUUCCAAACUUAUGGAAAAAAAAUGAAUAUCUGCAGAUACAGUAUUUUCUUGAGUGAUUGAUAUGUCGUUAACACAUCAGCUGCCCAUUUCACCUUUUAUUUUUAGUGCAAAGCCUACCGUACCUAGAAAAUUCGUCGUUUACAGCGCGACUUCUUCUCUUAUCACUAUUGUCGAGAGCGAGUCUUGAAAAUUUUCGAUAUAUUCUUUGAAUAUUGAACUCUGCUCUCGAUCAGAGUUUCGUCGAAUGCGACUAUGAAAAGCACUCUAUGAUAAAGUACAUGUGACCGAUAUGAUAUUUCGCAUAUUCGUGGCGAGUCAGCUGAUUAUUUUACUGUUAUUUUGAUUUAAAUAACUGGUUGUUAGGAAGAUUGCACCAAAAAAAGAGGCUUUAACUUCUUUCUUCUUAUUUUUCUUAAUUUAGUGAAGGUUACAACUAGGAAGAUCUGAAGACUAGACAAUUAAAACGGAAAUAUCUUUGGGUAUUCGAGUAAAAAGCGAUAUUCUAGAUCGAGGUUCGCCAAAUCUUCCCAAAGGCAGGAUGGGUCGAAAUGGACGCGAUGGAGAUGUUGAACACUGUCGAGGAAUGCAUCACCAAAGCCAUCGACAAGCUGGAGUCUCUGGGCAUCUCCAGAGACGAGAUCAAGUCUGUCGGCGUCGCCAAUCAACGAGGUCAGUUUUUGAUUUUUUUUUUUCUCUUGUUUUUGCUUGAAAUUCCAUUGAAAGUUUUUUUCAACUCUGACACUUCUUGUUAUUUCAAAAAAAAAGAUUUUCACAAAAAAACACAAGAAUGAAAGUUUUACUGCAAUGAAAAGCUUAAAUUAAAAAAAAAUUUAGCACCGUAAUAGCUUUCGAAGCUUUCAUUUCACUAAAAAUCCAUAAUAGUAUUGCAGAAGAAAAAAAGAAAUAAUCUUAACGAGAAUACUGUGAACACGUCGUAUCGCGACGAAAACUGAUCUGGGCGCUUAGUUACGGUAAUUCAAAAGAAACUUGGGAAGUGCAGAAACCUUUUUUUAAAACUUUUUUUUUGAGUAUUCUUUUCAUUUUGAUUUGGCUCUAUGGCUCGUUCAAGUGAUUUUGAGGAGCUUCGCACUACCUCUCUCCAAUUUUUGUUUUAUUUCUCACUUUCUGACGAUCAUUUCGAGUUCCUCGACCGAUUUUUGAACGCGGCAUUAAAAUUAGAUUUUUCAAAAUUUUCAAAAUUUUAUUUUUUCGAAUUUAUUAAAGAAGUCCAAAGUACGAAAUACAUUGAAAGGAACAUAUGAGUUUUCACGAAAGUGAUGAGUUAACACCGAGUUUCAGAGGCGAAAGAAGUUAAAUUCCCCAGUUCGACUCUAAUAUUUAAUGAAGAAAAAACGUAUAAAACGUUAUAUUUUUCCUUGGGCAAAAACAUUUGUGAGAAUGAUUUACGAAAAUAGUGCAAAGUACGAAAUACAAGGUUCAAAAAACGUUCCUCGUUUUGUAUUUGCCAUGAGAUUCGCCCGAUGGAAAAUUUUUUUCUAAUUUUUUCAAACUCGAGUUUCAGUCUCGAAAAAUAUUAUCCUACUAUUUUAUUUCAUAUCUCUACCCAUUAUUUUUGAGCUUCAUGAAAAGUUUUUCAGAAACUACGAUUGUUUGGGACCGCAAAACAGGAUUGCCGCUGCACAACGCCAUCGUUUGGCUCGACACUCGUACUUCGGACCUCGCAGAUGAGUUCAUCGACAAGACGGAGUCCAAGUACUCGUAAAGACUUUUUCUUUCAUUCUGAAUUCUUUUUUUCAGGUCAAAGGACGAGUUCCGAGAAAAAACUGGCCUCCCUAUUCAUCCCUAUUUCAGUGCACUCAAGUUGAAAUGGCUUUUGACAGAGGUUGACGAGGUCAAAGAAGCGCUUGAAAACGGUUUGUAAGGGAAAUAUUCGGAAAUUCACAGAAGGUCUUUGCAGGAUCUUUGAUGUUUGGUACAGUGGACACUUGGCUCAUCUGGAAACUCACCGGCGUUCAUGUGACGGACGUCUCCAACGCUUCUCGAACUCUUUUACUAGGUCCAGACUGCUUUGAAAAAACAAUUACGAACAUUUUCAGAUCUUCACAAGCGCAAAUGGUCUUCACAGCUAUGUGACUUUUUUGACUUGCCCAUGGAAAUUUUGCCGGAAAUUAAAUCUAGCGCCGAAAUCUACGGCUACCUGCUGGAAGGCUCGUUUUAACUUUACCCUAUGAUAUGAAGAGCUUGAAACCUCGAUGUCUAUCAAACUGCUGAAAUUUUGAAAGGUCACAGCUCGACUCAUUUUUAAAAUAUAGGUAACGUCUUUUAGAUUGGCGAUGUUCAACAAUCGAAACAUUUCUAAACUGUCAUUUUAUUUUUAAAAAAAUUGUUUGGCCGCUUUCAAAGCUACGUCGAGAAAUUUUUAGGAAACGCAGCGAAUAAAAUUAAAGAAAUUUCUUAAGCAUGCUUGAACUUCCCAACUUUUCAGUUUCAAUCGCCGCGCGCCUCAAAUAAGCUUUGAACGCGGCAUCAAUAUUAAAUCAAAAAGUACCUCGAAUGUUUCUACACUUUUUUUUAACUGAAGUAUAAAAAACCGUAGUAAAUUGUAAUGUUUUCAAAUCGAUUCCCAGCAACCAGAAGAAUAGUGUCUCUAAAAUUUAGAGUCUGUUCUUAUUUGAAAACCUGUGUACAGUGAUAUAUCACUCUUGCUGUUUCAGGACCUCUAGAAGGUAUACCGAUUGCCGGCUGUUUGGGAGAUCAGCAGGCGGCGAUGGUCGGCCACCAGUGUCUCCAGCCAGGGGACACCAAGAACACCUACGGUACCGGGACAUUCAUGCUGUGUAACGUCGGCGUCAAACCAAUCAUCAGCAAAGACGGACUGCUCACCACCGUCGGCUUUCAGGUUCGAUCAUUGAAAUGCAAGAGAAAAUAGUUCUGAGAGAAUCCUUAUGAGUCGGAAGAAAAACAUUUUUGAAGGCUAAACGGCGCUAUUCAAAUAAUAUUAUAAUUUUUUUAAAAAAAUUUUUUUCAACCUCCAUGUUUAAUUUUUGGAAACACCCCCGUUUCAUUCCAAUUCUGCGAAGUUUUCAGUUUGGGCCGGACGCUCCCGUCGUAUAUGCCCUCGAAGGCUCUGGCUCCAUAGGUGGCAACGUGGUUCGCUUCCUCCGAGAUAACUUCAAAUUCAUAAAGGUUCCGAAUAAAACAUUAAGAAAAUUUUCGUCAUCUCACUCUUGACAGGAUGCAUCUGAGAUGGAAGAGAUGAGCAGGUCGGUUGAAGACACUGCCGGAGUCUACUUCGUUCCUUCCUUCACUGGCCUUUACACCCCUUAUUGGGACUCUUCGGCCCGUGGCACUAUUCUGGGCUUAACACAGGUCAGUUGAGCAAAUCUUGACUCUUUGUUUUAUUUGUCGCUUGUCCACGCUGUUUGUUUCAAUGGGAAAAAUGAGGGCUGAAGAUUGACUGCGAAGAAAUUUAAAAGUCCACUCGUUGAUAGUAUUUUGACAGCUGAUAGGGAGUUGUAAAGAACUUCUAAUCAACUAAUUUUAUAAUUUUCUAUUUUUUUCCAGAUUUUUUUCAAUAUUUUAGGGUCACUUAUUGAAUAAAAAAAUAUCAAAAAAAUUUGGAAUGAAAAAAAGGGAUAAUUUGGAUAUUAUAAACCGCGACUAUAUUAUUUAAGUUUUUAAACUGUUUUUCGGACUAGCUUUUCCGGUUGAAAUAUCGAAGUUUUCGCUUUCGUUCUGAAUUUCGCGGCAACUUUAUAACAAAAUCUGAUUAUUUUAGUUCUUUUUGCUAUUAUUUCUGACAGGAAUUCUGAUCGCUAGAAAAAAAAAAUUUCAAACGGGAUAACUGGCAGAAGAACUUCUUUUUGUCAUGCUGGAAUGUCUUCUGAUCAGUCCACAAUAAAUCACAUAUUGUUCCGAAUUGAUAUCGCAGUUCGCGAUUUGGCGUUUUGUGAACGUACUUAGCUUUGCACAUCACCCUUUGUGUAGAUAGUUGCAUGCUAGAAUUGAUUUAAAGACGACGGGGUCCAAUGAGCAGGUCUCGACGCGCGAACACAUCUGCCUGGCGGCUCUGCGGGCCAUCGCCUUUCAAAGCGCCGAAAUGAUCGACGCCAUCGAGAGAGACCUCGAAAAUGACACUCAAAUCAAAGUCCUUAAGGUUUGACUUCGGCACCUUCGGGUUGAAUAUGAAGAUUUCAGAUCGACGGCGGAAUGAUUGCGAACACGCUCUUCAACGAGAUCCAAGCCGACAUCAUCGGAAGAACAAUCGCGACUCCAAAAGUGACGGAGAUCUCUGGCUGGGGUGCUGCCGUCGCAGGUGGAAUCGGCUCUCAGCAAAUGAGCCUUGACGAGUUUUUGUCCCAGUCUUCCGAAGUAGGCGAAUCUUCAAGAUUUCGCUAGUUUCUUUUAAGGCCGUCCGGUAUGAACCGCAGAAAAAUUCGGAUUGGCGCCGCCAGGAGAUGUCGCGAUGGAAAGAAGCCGUCAAACGGUCUUGUGGGUGGCAUCAUUGA